ACCGCUGCUAUCGAUCAGUUUUGCAUUUUCCUGGAUGUUUCGAUCCUUUUCCUUACAUCAAUUCUCCCAAACUGCCCCAGUGUGGUUAUGUGCCAGAUUGCAUUUUUAUAAACAAAAAUCAGCGUUAUUAUCCCUUGGAUUACCAUUUCACUGCGCACGCUUUUAUGACUCCAACUGAACACCGCGCGUGGCUGAAAUUCUCUAACAUUCCAGGACGACGCAUAUUGCUAACGGGCUUCGUGACAUCGUGUGUGGCUGCGGCAUAUGCGCUAAGUAAAUCGGGUUUUAUGGGAGGAAAUCUGUCAUCUUCCAGUAGAAAAAUGGCAUCUUCAUCCCGCAAAACCAAUCCCGGCACCUACGUGACGAAUCCAACCGCGAACCAUACAGGAACUGUGAUAUUUCUCCACGGUUUGGGUGAUACUGGAGCGGGAUGGUCGGAGGCAUUUCGGGAGAUCCGCGAGCCGCACAUCAAAUACAUCUGUCCCACCGCGGUUCCGAUGCCGGUGACAUUGAACGGCGGAAUGCGCAUGCCGUCUUGGUUUGAUAUUCACUCGUUGCAAAUCGGAGGCCGCGAAGAUACCGAGGGUAUCAAACGAGCCGUAAAGGAGCUAAUUUAUGAGCUGAUCAGCGACGAGGAGAAGAAUGGCAUCCCCAGUAAUCGUAUUGUGGUGGGCGGCUUUAGUCAGGGUGGCGCCCUGGCGUUGUAUUCAUCGCUGACGCUGGAGAAGCCCUUAGCUGGUGUCAUGUCGCUCAGUGGGUGGCUGCCGUUGGCCAUGGAGUUUCCGGCGAUCGCCCACUCCAUCAAUAAGGACAUUCCGGUACUGCUGUGCCACGGUGAUUCCGAUCCGCUGGUCGCGCCACUCGUCGGCCAGAUGACGAAGGAGAAACUCAGUGCGUUCGUUCCCAAUGUCACCAUGAAGGUCUACCCGGGAAUGGGCCACAGCUCCAGUUCGCAGGAAAUGAUGGAUGUUAAAGCGUUUAUCUCCAAAUGUCUCCCAAAUAAAUAAAGAAAAAGUUUGCUUGAAGCUGCACGCUCCAUGUCUUGUACUGUGGCUAUUCGCGUUGCGUUUGACGCGGAUGAAUUAUACUGGUAUUUCUGUAUGUAUGAAUACGAAUGUUCUCCCGAUUCUGGUAUUGAACUCCGAUGAAUUUUUGAUUAGUUUAUUCGUUUCUGCUCCUGUGAUUGUGUGUUUUUGGAUUAUGGUUGUCAUCGAAAUUAAAUUAAUGCAAGCCUCA